GCGUGGUUGUUCCUGCUGCAGGAUCUACAUUUAGUGUUCGGUAAUCGCUUCUUUGUUCUGUCGAGGUGAAAACAGCAUACUUCACAAUGGCUACUGCUGCCGAAUCGCCCGUUAACAACGAAUCGACGGAAAUUCGAUGCCAGGAGAAAUCUAAGGGUGGACUGUGCUACGAGGUAAUCUUAGCAGAGCCAACAGUGCCGAAGAGAGCACCGUCGCCACCACAGACGUCUCCGACUCAACAAGUCGCUAUUGAGGAUAAGCUUAAAGCGGCGGAGGAGAGAAGACUUUCCCUGGAAGCUCAUAAAAUCGCUGCCCUCGCCGCUAAGCUUAUGAAAAUUGAAGAUGCCGCUCGCAAGAAGGAUGAACUUAGCGCCGCUUUCAUUGCCGCGACUCGCGAGUCUUUGGACGCUAAGAUGAACAACACGGAAGAGAAGCGAGAGGCUCACAUCGCCGAAUUGAAGAACAAGUUGAAGGAACACUUAGAAAGUGUGGAGAAGACCCGUUUGAGCCUGGAACAACAGACUCAGGAAGUUCGUUGCGCCGUUGAAGAGAAGCUGAAGUCUGCUGCUGCUCAACGCGAUGAGAACAUUAAGAGGAUGCUGGAUCGUCUGAAGGAACAUGAGGAACAAGUGGCCCGUGUACGUCAAGGGAUAACCGAGCGCGUGAUGCAACUUGAAUCACAGAUUCAAGGCAAGUUGGAUCAGGCUCACGAACGCCGUCAGAAUAUCGAGCGUGAACAAAAGGAAAAGCUGCGUAAUUAUGAGAGGCGCGCGGAGAUGGUAAGACAGAAUAAAGCAGCUCUGUCUGAGCAAUCUGGCCUGCCAACUGAAAAGGAGACUGCCAGCUCUGGGUAA